AUGGCGGCUGCGGGGGAGGCCGCUAGUCCUCACGAGAGGCUGCGGGGCCGGGGACCGCGAAGCGGAAGCAGGAGGCGCAGGGGCGCAAGACGGGCGCCGCGGGCGGGGAGGCCACCCGCAGGACACUCGGCUCAGCUCCGCGCAGAGUGCCGGCCGCAGCCCCCCCACGCCGUCGACGUCCCUGCACCUCCCCGCGCCGAGCCGGCCGCCGGCGCCGGCAGCAGCACGGUGGGCGGGGCCCGGAUGGCCGAACCGCCGGGCAGCGCGAGCGGAACCCGCCCGGGCCGUCCAAUGGCGUCUGAGGCUCCGGAGCCAGUCAAGAACUUGGGACUCGAGACUCAGCAGCGCAAGAGGCUGAGCUCCUCCCUGAGCCCCCAGAAUGACACCAGGACAGAGCUCUUCUCUCUGCUUUUGGGACUUGGCGCUGCCCUCUACUUGGGCUACUACUGGGCAUGGGUGCCCCAGAGGCCACAACUGGUGACUGGGUCGCAGUUUCUGGCCUUCCUGGAGCAACACUGUCCAGUCACUGUGGAGACUUUCUACCCUACACUCUGGUGUUUUGAGGGACAGCUACAAACCAUCUUCAGAGUCUUACUGCAGUCUCGGCCUGUAGUCCCUUACUCAAGUGAAGUUCUUGAAACCCCAGACGGAGGACAGCUCCUCUUAGACUGGGCCAGUCGGCAUAGCAGCAGUCAAUACCCUGACCCUCCCCCCCGGCCCAUUGUAUUACUGCUUCCUGGUAUUACAGGCAGUAGUCAGGAGACCUAUGUCUUGCACCUAGUUGACCAAGCUUUGAAGGAUGGCUAUAGGGCUGUCGUAUUUAAUAACCGGGGCUGCCGUGGGGAAGAACUGCUGACCUACAGGGCCUUCUGUGCCAGCAACACUGAAGAUCUCGAGAUCGUUGUGAACCACAUAAAGAGCCGCUACUCCCAAGCUCCACUGCUGGCUGUGGGCAUCUCUCUCGGAGGGAUAUUAGUGCUGAACUACCUGGCUCAAACAUGACGGGCUGCGGGGUUGGUGGCAGCACUGACUCUAUCUGCAUGCUGGGAUUCCUCUGAGACCAUCCGCUCCCUGGAGACCCCACUGAACUCACUGCUCUUCAAUCAGCACCUCGCAGCUGGGCUCUGCCAAGUUGUGAACCGAAACAGAAAGGUGAUGGAAAAGAUGGUGAAUGUAGACUUUGUGCUACAGGCCCGCACAAUCCGCCAGUUUGAUGAGCGCUACACAGCUGUGGUCUUUGGCUAUCAAGACUGUGCUGCCUAUUACCGAGCAUCGAGCCCAAGAACCAAGGUAGAUGCCAUCCAGAUCCCUGUGCUCUGCCUCAAUGCAGCCGACGACCCCUUCUCCCCAGCCCACGCCCUUCCCAUACAGGCUGCCCAGCGUCCUCCCCACGUUGCACUGCUCAUCACAGCCCAGGGCGGCCACAUCGGCUUCCUGGAAGGGUUGCUUCCCUGGCAGCACUGCUACAUGAGCCGCCUCUCACAUCAGUACGCCAAAGCCAUCUUCCAGCACCCAGAGGAGCUGCUCAGCCUCAGGGCACCCACUCCUUCUGCGGGAGGGAAGAGCUGA